UAAUAGCAAUAGGGAGUGAAUAGAUACUGUGAAUAGAUAAUGAUUCGUUUAUGUAUUUUUCUUCUUUUUAUUUUUAUGAUUGUACAGCUAAGUUGCCGAGAAAAUCCAAUAUUAUUAGCUUGUUAGAUAAAGUAAUAUUAUGAUGAACGCUAUUAUCUCGAAAUGAGAAGAGGGGGAAUGCUAUACUAAGCAUGCUGAUACAUUCGGUCUUAUCGUCUGAUUGAGAGAUCACGCGACAAGUUUCGCGCAACAAUGUUAAGUCGUGUCAUUUUGUUUGUUUGUUGUAUCUUAAUAGGUGAUCUCGUGACAGCGUCGAAAUUAUUGUCGAUUUUAGUGAUAGAGCCUAUUCAGUCGACUAGCCAUCACGUUUGGACAGAGCAUUUGGUUAAAGGACUGCUUCGCAGAGGCCAUUAUGUACACUCAAUCAGCAUACAUGAGACUAAGGUUAAAGGAAAACUUGCGCAGAAUUUGACGUACGCCGUUUUCGAUUUGCAAACUAAUGAAGAAGCUGAGGAUUAUAACCCAGUUGAAUGGGAACAGUACAGCGUACUUUAUACGGCGUAUUUUACAUAUCAGUGGGGUAUUCACGCAUGUGACACAAUGACAAAUACUAAAGCAGCGAAAGAGCUUUUGGAAAUGAUUAAAACUAUCGAGUUUGAUGUUAUAGUGCAGGACAUUGGUUUAACUCAAUGUUUCUAUGGAUUAUGGGAGGUUUCUAAAGGUAAGCCACCUAUAGUAGGUUAUAUUCCAUAUGGUUCUGCACCUUGGCUUAAGGAUUAUAUCGGUGGUCCAAGUUAUCCGACUGUUCGACCAUACACACAUGCUGCCAUUGCAAAACCUGAAGGUUUGUGGCUGAGAACAUGGAAUGCUCUAUAUUACAUUGUCGAUAAUCUGAUACGACAUUACUAUUACUUCCCUAUUAUUCAACGACUUUCGGAGGAAUAUAUAGGCCAUGCAAUCAGGCCAUUACAUGAAAUAGAAAAAGACAGAAUUAAUAUAGUACUAAUUAAUAGUCAUUCUGCGUUCGAACCUGCGAUUCCAUUGCCGCCGAAUACUCUGGAGAUCGCAGGACUGAAUGCCCAGGCCGUGCAACCAAUUACCGGCGAAGUAGUCGUAACAUAUCCUGAGGAUAUGCGCGUAUUUCUUGACGGAGCAAAGAAUGGAGCCAUCGUAAUAUCGUUGGGAACAAUUGUAAACUGGAAAAAUGUCGGCCUAGACAAGAUUAAAGCCGUUAUACUUGCUCUGUCGAAACUGAAACAACGAGUGCUGUGGAAGCUAGAUAUUGAAGUGCCAUUUGAAAUACCGGACAAUGUAAUGAUUGUGAAAUGGAUGCCUCAAAGCGAAGUUUUAUCUCAUAAAAAUGUAAAAGCAGUCUGGACACACGGUGGUCUUCUGAGUACGCAGGAAGCUAUUUGGAAAGGUGUACCAAUGAUCGUAAUGCCAUUUUUUAUGGAUCAAAAAUCUAACACAAAAAUAUUAGUAGCUAAAGGUGUUGGCAUAUACUUGGACAUUAAAACUUUGUCCACGCAAUCUUUAUUACACGCAAUUGAAGAAGUACUUUACAAUGAAAGUUAUACGAGAAACAUGAAACGAUUAUCCAGCGAAUUCCGGGAUCGGCCAAUACCGCCAUUAGAUUUAGCUGUUUGGAGCAUUGAAUACACCGUCCGCCAUCCAAAUGGAACUUUAGUAACGUCGCUGAGAUCUCAGAGCUGGAUGGAACAAAAUCUGAUUGAUGUCUACGCAUUUUUGUUCCUUAAUUUCUUUAUAAUAUUGUUAAGUAUAUUCUUUGUAAUAAAGCUAUUAAUUAAUUUUUAUUAUAAUUAUAUGUACACCGCAUCUAAAUUACACAAGAACAAGCAAGCGUAAGUCGUAGAAACAUUAACUAGCUUUGGGUGCAGUUGCUGCAUAUAAUGUUAAUGUAAAGAAUAAGUAAAUAUAACGCAAAUAUAGAAAACGUCGUAUUAAUUGCA